AUGGGUGGUCUGAGUAACGAUACAGGUGAAGUAGAAGAUGACGUAGCUCGUGAAACUGAUCAUCUCACCGUAGGAGACGCCAAUUGUGAUGUUGGAGGCGAUGAUGAUCAGUUUUUAGAGAGUGACGCGGGUUUUAAUACCGUGUGUAGCUCUGUUUGCGGAGUCGAAGAUGAUGUCACUGGUAACGUUGAAGGUAAAUUUGCGUUGAUUGCGAUGUCAAAUUGA